AUGGAUAUAGCGGUCUCUUCCCGUAGGAAGGCCCUGGCCAUCCGACAAUGGACUGUUCAACGCAAAAACCUCGUCAACGUUUGCAGACUUGCCGUUAAAAGCCUGAUUGACAUGGCCUCCUUGGAUAUUAUUGAUGAUGACUGUGAAGAGCUGAUUAACCUCUUGGCUAUCCUGGAACAAAUAUUGAUGCACAGAUUGAGGCCUCACAAAACCUGGUAUGGUAGUGAAGGCACUCGUCCAUUUUGGGACUAUAUUCGCGUGGCAUGUCAAGGUGUCCCUCACAACUGUAUUGACAGCAUCAGUGCUAUUGAGAAUAUACGUUCUCCUCAUGCAAAGGGUCAGGCAUGGUUGAGGGUUGUGUUAAUGGAAAAAAGACUAUCAGAAUAUUUGUCAGAGGCUCUCAAGCAAACCAGAAUAACAAAAAAUUAUUAUCAAGAAGGAGCGGUAAUGCUUUCUGAUGAUGCAAAAAUGCUCUGUGACACACUGCUUGGCAUGAAUGCUAUCGACUUUAGUUUUUGUCUGAAAGGAGAGAACAUUGAACUUCUUGGCCCAAUUGCUGUUGAUUACACUCCAUAUCUACAAUAUUUUCAAAGUUCGGAUAGUAUUGAAGCUGACCUGAGAGAUUUGAGUAACUCAAAUAGCAGCAGCAGUUUGAUGAAUGAAGAAAACAUGAAUGAAGAAUCUUGGCGUAUUAAAUAUUGCAAACUUGAAGCCAAUUAUAAAAUAAUUCAUGAACAAAAGGGUUAUUUUGAAGAACUUGUAAGAUUGCGUGAGGACCAACUUCAUGAAAUUCACAAGCAGUAUGAAAAGCAUGUGGAAACUUUACACUCUUUGGAGUCUGAUGGAAUUCGUGUGUUGAAAAAUUCUCUGGAUGAUACACUUCCUAAAAAUAACCAAAUAAUCAAACGUCAUUUUUUUUUCUUUUUUCCUCAUUUUUUUCUUUUUUCUUUCCUUCUUUGUUUCUUUCCUCCUUUGUUUCUUUCCUCCUUUGUUUCUUUCCUCCUUUGUUUCUUUCCUCCUUUGUUUCUUUCCUUCUUUGUUUCUUUCCUUCUUUGUUUCUUUCCUUCUUUGUUUCUUUCCUUCUUUGUUUCUUUCCUUCUUUGUUUCUUUACUUCUUUGUUUCUUUACUUCUUUGUUUCUUUACUUCUUUGUUUCUUUACUUCUUUGUUUCUUUUCUUUCUGUUUCUUUGUUACUUCUUUCUCUUUUGUCUUUCUUCUUUCUCUCUCUUUUUUUCUUUCUCUUGUCAAACCCUAUCCACAUCAAAAGAUCGAACUUCACGAAUCCAACAAGUGGAUAGUGAUCAAUCAAGUUAUGUAUCUCCUGAAUCAACCCCUGGUCUGGGACAAUCAGCUCGACGUCACAGUAGUGGCAUCAGCAGCCAAUCUUCUUUGACAGUCCCAAUGUACAAAAUUCAGAAAAAGGAAGAUUCCCAAAGUUUAGUUCCUUUGGCCGGCUCAUUCUCAUCUGAAGCCAGUAUGAAAAUGAAUGAUACUCCCAUGUCUGGUCCAUCUGGCAAUUCCCAGGCUUUAGAUAGUGACAGCGACCUUCCCAGCAGUGCUGCAAGCGAGAUGACCCGCCAACAACAGCAGGCCCAGAUGCUCAGGUCUCCAAAGCACAAAAUAAAAGUAGAGGCAAAUGAGGGUGAAAAUAAUACUGGCAUCAUUGUAUCUUCACCUACGACCAGCAGGCCUGCAAGGGGAAGCCUGCAUGACAUUACUCGGCCUGACUUGGUUGCUUUUUGUGACCCAGCCGACAAUGGCAACAUUGAACCAGAAAUUAUCUUUUUUCUUUUUUUUCAUUUUCCUUCUUUCUUCUUUUUUUCUUUUUUUUUUCUUCUUUUUUCUUCUUUUCCUUCUUUUUUCUUUCUUUUUCCUUCUUUUUCCUUCCUUCUUCUUUUCCUUCUUUCUUCUUUUUCCUUCUUUCUUCUUUUUCCUUCUUUCUUCUUUUUCCUUCUUUCUUCUUUUUCCUUCUUUCUUCUUUUUCCUUCUUUCUUCUUUUUCCUUCUUUCUUCUUUUUCCUUCUUUCUUCUUUUUCCUUCUUUCUUCUUUUUCCUUCUUCUUUUUUUCCUUCUUUCUUCUUUUUCCUUCUUUCUUCUUUUUCCUUCUUUCUUCUUUUUCCUUCUUUUUCCUUCUUUCUUCUUUUUCCUUUCUUUUCCUUCUUUCUUCUUUUCUUCUUCUUCUUUUCCUUCUUCUUUCUUCUUUUUCCUUUCUUCUUUUCCUUUUUCUUCUUUUCUUUUUUUCUUUUUCUUCUUUUUCUUUUCUUUCUUCUUUUCUUCUUCUUUUCUUUUCUUUUCUUCUUCUUUUUCCUUCUUUUUUCUUUUUCCUUUUUUUUCCUUCUUCUCUUUUUUCUUUUUUCUUCUUUUUUUCCUUUUUCCUUCUUUCUUCUUUUUCUUUUUCUUUUCCUUCUUUCUUUUUUUUCUCUUUUUUCCUUUUUUCUUCUUCUUUUUUUUUUCUUUUUUCCUUUUCCUUUUUUCCUUUUCUUCUUUUUCUUUUUUUUUUCUUCUUUUCUUUUUUUUUCUUUUUUUCUUCUUUUUCUUUUUAUUUUUUCUUUUUUCUUCUUUAUCCUUUCUUCUUUUUUCUUUUUCCUUCUUUCUUUUUUCUUUUUCUUCUUUUUUUCUUUUUUUCUUCUUUUUCUUUUUUUCUUCUUCUUGGUCCAUCAUGGACUCUCUUCUAUUUUUCCUUUUUUUUUUUUUUUUUUUUUUUUUUUUCUUUUUCAUUUUUCUCUUUCUUUUCCAUUUUUCUCUUUCUUUUCCAUUUUCUCCCAUUUUUUUCUCUCUCUUUUUAUUUUCCCACAUUUUUUUCUCCUAUCUCCAUACAUUUUUUGGGGUUUUUAAAAUUUAUUAUUUUCUUUCUUUACGGGUAUGUUUAUUAAACUUUACCAAUCCCUUUCUCUUUUUUCUUUCUUUUUCUUUUUUCUUUCUCUUUUUUUCUCUCUUUUCCUUCUUUUUUCUCUUUUUCUCUCUCUUUCUCUUUUUUCUUUUUCUCUCUUUCUCUCUUUUUUCUUUCUUUUUCUCUCUUUCUCUCUCUCUCUCUCUCUUUCUUUUCUUUCUUUUUCUCUCUCUCUCUCUCUUUUCUUUCUUUCUCUCUCUCUCUCUCUUUCUCUCUUUCUUUUCUCUCUCUCUCUCUCUCUCUUUCUUUUCUUUCUUUCUCUCUCUCUCUCUCUCUCUUUCUUUUCUUUCUUUCUUUUUCUCUCUCUCUCUCUCUCUCUUUUCUUUUCUUUCUUUUCUUUCUUUCUCAAUAUACUACAUUUGA